GAGGCGGAAACGGUAGUUCCCGGAAGCGUUUGAAAGCCUGGAAGGAGUAGUACUAGGUGAGAAACUCAUUAAUAUUAGUUUCUGCUUCUUCCUAAGUCGAAAGGUGAGGAGAAGCAGUGAUGGCUGCUCGCUGGACCCGGAGGCGAGUGUAAUGAUGUGUGUGUAGCAGAGUAAUGUUAAAGGGAGAGGCGGGGUGACAGCACCAUGUGCGUGUCUGUAAUAAAGUAAACAUCACACACAGCGAGUCAUUUGUUUAAUGGGGGCUGCUUUCUGUCGCUCAGGCUUCUGUGGAGCACGUUUCCAUUGAUGCUCAGCAACUUUUGCGGAUGGCUGAGCAUCAUGGGAGGGGUAGUCCCCAGUAGCUGGUGGUUUAAUCCAUUGAGGUAUAAGUGAGCGUGGGGGCAUCCUUGUACCACAACAACUUCACUAACAUGAAGUUGUGUUGCUGCUUGAAGUGCCCUAUUAACCCAUUAUAGUUGGUAGAGCUUUGUGGCAAAAAACGCAGGUUUCUAUGGUCCUCUUGUCUGCAAAAGAUGUAUUAAAAUUUGCAGUCACUGACAAGUCUUUCCUAUUUCAAAUUUGGUUAACCUUGGCUGUUCCUAAUGGUACAUGCAUAUCAUUACACCCAUGCUAUGCUUAGUUUGUAAUACAGACGGCAUUCAUACACACUGUCAUCUCCUCUUGACAUAAGAAUUAUAAAGAAUUGCUUAAAGGGAAAUAGUAUGCCAGGAAAAUAGCUGAUUUCCUAGCACCAUUGCUCCCUAUAGUGCCCCCCUCCUACAUGCCAAUGUACUUUACCCCACCCCUUUACUGUGUUAUUUAGAUACUGAAAUAUUAACUUAACAGGUUUGCUGACUAGUCUGAAGAUUUAGAAGGCACCAGUGCUGAUUUUAUAGGCAUUCGUGAUCAGUCUUGUAAGUAAUAAGCAGUUUCAAAAAGUUUGGUCAUCUAAAUAUUAACUAAGAUAUCCAAUUAAAGGGUAUCCCAGGUCCCUUAAUGCUGGAAAGGUAAUUAUUGCAGUUAUUAACUGUGAUAAUUACCGUUAUGGGUUAACUCCAUCUAUAAAGCGACUUCAGGGUUGUUAGGCGAGCGUGGCUGACGUCGGUGGAGGAGGAGCGAAGGUGCACUCUGAGCCAGCGCUAAGGGACUUCAGCACUGGACUCAGGUAAGUGGCAGGAGGGUUUUUUAACCCCUUUUGCCCCAUGGGGGGGAGCAUUAUAGGGAGCUAUAGUGCCAGGAAAACAACUUUGUUUUCCUGGCAGGUAUAGUGUUUCUUUAAAUUAAUCUAACUUUAUUCUAAAGGGAAACUUUUUUAUUUUAUAAAUUCUUCUUGAAAUGCUCUAAUACUGUUCUUAAUGUGCUUCUGUAACAGCUUGUAUUUAUAUGAUUUAAUUUUUACUCUUUAGAAAACUUGUCAUAAAUCACCCCAUAUUUGAAUGUAUUGCAUAAAUAAUGCAUUCAAAAUUGUGCACAAAACCAUAUUAAAAGACAAGACUAACAGAUUUUUACAAAGAAACCACCGUAUGGGCAUAACCAAAUUGUAAUUUGCACAAAACAACUUGUUAAAAUGUGACUGCCAAUGAUUUCUAACCUGAACCUAUUUCUAUGUAUAUUGUUAAACAUAACUUGAAAAAUAAAGAUUGUCAAAAAAAAAUGUGCACAAAAUUAACAUACAAUUCAAAAUAAAAAAAUUACAUUCAAACACCUGUACCUGGUCAUCUGAGAGAGACUUUUUGCAUGUACAGACCUCUCUCUCACCAGGAAGAGGUCCACCAACAAGUAGCCUCUCAUUCUAAUUUUUGGAGUGUCAUCUUAUGUCAUAAACCUUUCUCCAGCAAAGUGUAUGAAAUAACUAGUUUAUACCCAUGUGGAGUUCCACUUAACAGAUAAAAUAAGUGGUACUGCAUUAUAAGUAAUAGCCAUACCACAACUACUUUCUGAUUAUUGACUACUCAGUUCACAGUUUUGUGAACCAAGCUAUGUGCGGAGAUAGGCAGAUGAGUGAAAAAUAUUUCCCAUUUGUGCAUUUGUCAUAAGCCUAUUAUAAAAUGGUGGGGCCUCAAUAGCUUGAAGGAAGAGGAUUCAUGACUCAAAAAAGCAAUAUUAACCAUCAAACAAUGUUUUGCAUUGUUGGAUCACUGGCAAAACAUUAUAUGUCCACUUGUACUUAUUUAGAAGUAAAUAUAGUGGAUAGUAUAGAAGCUUACUUAAUUAUCUAGUUACAUAAUUGCGAAUACAUAUGUUAAAACAAUAAUAGCCAACAGGUAAGUUUACUCAUGUUUUGGAAUAACAUCUUCUGUGUUCCUUCUGCCUUUGACUGUGAACAUGCACACAGAUCAUAUUGGUAGUUGAGGAGCUAACUGAUGGCUUCCCGUGCUAAAACAGUAAAUGGAACAAUGUUUGCUCUUUGUGUAGCAGUAACAUCAUGCAUUGACUACUACUAUUUAACCCCUUAGUGAACAGACCGUUUUUCAAUUUUCUUACCGUUAAAGACCAGGGUUCUUUUUACAUUUCUGCAGUGUUUGUGUUUAGCUGUAAUACACAUAUUAUAUAUAAUUUUUCUCGACAUUAAAUGGUCUUUCUAAAGAUACCAUUAUUUUCAUCAUAUCAUAUAUAAUUUACUAUAAGAAAAGUAUAAAAUAUGAUGACUUUUUUUUUAUUUAUUUAAAAAAAACACACCUUUUCUAACUUUGACCUCCAAAAUCUGUUACGCAUCUAUAGGUGAUACUUGAAAAAUUUGAAUAUCGUGCAAAAGUUCAUUUAUUUCAGUAAUGCAACGUAAAAGGGGAAACUAAUAAAUGAGAUAGACGCAUUACAUGCAAAUCAAGAUAGUUCAAGCCAUGAUUUGUUAUAAGUGCGAUGGUUAUGGCUUACAGCUCAUGAAAACUCCAAAUCCACAAUCUCAGUAAAUUGGAAUAUUAUAUGCAAUCAAUAAAACAAGGAGUGUACAUAGAACAACAUCGGACCUCUGAAAAGUAUAAGCAUGCAUAUGGACUCAGUACUUGGUUUGGGCCCCUUUUGCAGCAAUUACUGCCUCAAUGCGGCGUGGCAUGGAAGCUAUCAGCCUGUGGCACUUCUGAGGUGUUAUGAAAGACCAGGAUGCUUCAAUAGUGGCCUUCAGCUCUUCUGCAUUGUUCGGUAUCAUGUCUCUCAUCUUUCUCUUGGCAAUGCCCCAUAGAUUCUCUAUGGGGAUUAGGUCAAGCGAGUUUACUGGCCAAUCAAGCACAGUAAUCCCACGGUCAUUGAACCAGGCUUUGUUGCUUUUGGCAGUCUGGACAGGUGCCAAGUCUUGCUGGAAAAUGAAGUCAGCAUCCCCAUAAAGCUCGUCUGUGGAAGGAAGCAUGAAGUGCUCCAAAAUCUCCUGGUAGAGGGCUGCGUUGUCCCUGGACUUAAUGAAGCACAGUGGACCAACACAAGCAGAUGACAUGGCUUUCCAAAUCAACACAGACUGUGGAAACUUCACACUGGACUUCAAGCAUCUUGCCAGUGUGUACCUCUCCAUUCUUCCUCCAGACUCUGGGUCCUUGGUUUCCAAAUGAGAUGCAAAAGUUGCUCUCAUCAGAAAAGAGGACUUUGGACCACUGAGCAACAGACCAGGUCUGUUUUUCUUCAGCCCAGGUAAGACGCUUCUGACGUUGUUUGUUGUUCAGGAGCGGCUUGACAAAAGGAAUACGACAUCUGAAGCCCAUGUCCAGGAUCCGUCUGUGUGUGAUGGCUCUUAAUGCACUGACUCCAGCCUCAGUCCACUCCUUGUGAAAGUCUCCAACACUUUUGAAUGGCCUUUUCCUGACAAUCCUCUCCAGGCUACGGUCAUCCCUGCUGCUUGUGCACCUUUUUCUUCCACACUUUUCCCUUCCACAUCAUUUUCUAUUAAUGUGCUUUGAUACAGCACUUUGGGAACAUCCAACUUCCUUCGCAAUUACCUUUUUGAGGCUUUCCCGCUUUGUGGAGGGUGUCAUUGAUGGUUUUCUGCACAACUGUCAGGUCAGCAGUCUUCCCCAUGAUUGUGAUUCCUACUGAACCAGACUGACAGACCAUUUAAAGGCUCAGAAACCCUUUGCAGGAAAAAGGUGUUAUGGCUUACUUAGCUGAUUAGAGUGGCACACUGUGAGCCUAGAAUAUUGCACAUUUUCACAAUAUUCUAGUUUACUGAGAUUGUGGAUUUGGGGUUUUCAUGAGCUGUAAGCCAUAAUCAUCGCACUUAUGACAAAUCACGGCUUGAACUAUCUUGCUUUGCAUGUAAUGUAUCUAUCUCAUAUAUUAGUUUCCCCUUUUACGUUACAUUACUGAAAUAAAUGAACUUUUGCACGAUUUUUCGAGUAUCACCUGUACAACCGCCAAAAAACACCCAUGCUAAAUCGUUUCUGAGUUUAGAAAUACCGAAUGUUAACAUGUUCUUAGCUUUUUUGGAAAAUUAUAGGGCUAUAAGUACUUUGCUAUUUCCAACCUUUUUUUUUUUCUUCGAAUUAACACAAGUUACAUUAUCUGAAUCCCUGAAUAACCAAUCACAUGUAUAUAUAUUUUAAAAGAAGACAACCUAAGGUAUUACACUUUUUUGACUCUUUUCAUGCAACCAUUUUACCACCAAUCUAUGCAAAAUAAAAAAUAAAAAUCAUUGGUGUUUUUUUGACACCCGUAGCAAUUUUAGAAUUUUAGAACUUUAAGGGUUACUGCCAAAAGGCACCCCAGUUUGUGUUCAGCAACAUAUCCUGAGUACAGUGAUACCACCCAUGUAUAGGUGUGUCGGGUUCUCUGGGGCAUAAAAGACCUUAUUUGGAGGGAGUGCAUUCCAUUUUUCCAACUUGGAAUUUUCACAGCUGGUGAUCAUGCACCCAUGUCCUAUUUGGGACAUUUUUGAAGCUGGCCAAUGUAAUUUACCCUCAUCAAACCAUAUAUUUUUGAAAAGUAGACACCCUAGGGUAUUUCAAAUGGUGGUAAUUUUAACUCUUUCCAUGCACUAAUUCUACCACCAAUCUUUGACAACCUUUUGGGUAGUCAUUUUUUUGUGUUGUUUUUCUCUCACAUUGUACAUGGAUUCUCAGUUCCUGUUAUGUGUUACUAACAAAGAACACCCCAAUAUAAGUUCAGCAACAUCUCCCGAGUAAAACAGUGCCCACAAUGUAUAGGUUUUAUGGGUUUUUGCAAACUUACAGGGGUCAAAUAUAGGGUUUUCCCCUUUUACAUUGAAAUUUGCCAGAUUGGUUUGCUGAGCCUAUGUUGUCUUUUGAGAUUGUAUAGCAGCCCAGGAAUGAAAUUUUUUUUUUUUUUUUAAAUAAAUUUCUUUAUUAGAGGAAUGUUGAUUGAGGCAGUGUUACAGUAGUUUUUCAUAGUACAACAGGACCAUGUAAUAUGCACAACAUUCAAUAUCCAAAAACAUUAUUCAAACAAGUAGUUUUUUUUUUUUUUUUCCUCCCCCGUCCUUCCUUCUUAUUUCCCCCUUUUCCCUUCAUACAUUUCCUAUACCCUAUUUCCCUAUCUGAAAGAAUGUUUUUGGUAGUCGUGAAGAUGUAGAUAAUAUGGCUAUUAUGGUAAAAUAAGAACAGUAACAGCGUAUUAUUACAGUAAGCCUCCGGGUACCAAGAACAGGUGGGAGCUUGAUUCGACAUAAAGUAUAAGUUAAGCGUUUGGAGACUAGAGUGUCCCCAGGACCAUUACCUAUGGCAAAGCUCGUGCGUUGUUCGAGCAUCUCCAUAUCCCAACCAUGUUGCCUAAAACCUUGUCGCUAACUAGCGUGUGGUAAGUGUCGAGGUUCUGAAUGGUAUGUGUGGUAACGCCCGUGUGCGAAGAUGUGAGGUGUGAGGCUAUCGGCCGUUAAUCAUCACUAACUAUCCGCCUAAGCGCCGGACCACCAGGCCACAGGGUGUCCCGGGUUACCGCGUCCAGGCUUACCGUGCAACGUACAUGGUCCGUGAUCAUCUACGAAUGUACAUCUUUCUUCCCUGUCGUUCAAUAGUACCAUUGCGUUAUCUGCUUGUCUACAGUUAGCACAUUCGGCCCCGAGUCCGGCCCCAGCGUGCAGGUAGACGGGGGAGAGAAGGGGUAGAAGUAAGGGAUAGUGGUUAAUCAAGUUACGAGGGGGUGUUGGUCCCUCCAGCAGGGUCCGCACCGGCCCGCUCCCCAGCCGAGGGCCCCGGCGCGUCUCCGUCCCCACGGCAGCGGGAGAUAUAUAAGAACCAUGGCGUCCACAUCUCUGCGUGCCUAGUUCCUCGUCCCGUCAAAGCAGCUUGUGCUUCUUCUGCUCCUUGAAUGUCCUCCACUCUGCUGAUCCACUCUUUUUUGGUGGGAGUUUCGCUCCGUUUCCAGUGGGCUGGGAUGUUGGCCUUGGCGGCAUUGAGCAGGUGUCGUAGUAUCGAUUUCUUAUAUGAUGAAAUGGAUUGGGUCGAAAUAUGUAGUAGUGCCAGUUCCGCGGACCAUUCUGGUUGUUCUCCCAGGAUGAGUUCAACUGUUUCCCUAAUCAUUUCCCAGUAUGGGGUAAUUGCUCUGCACUCCCACCAGAUAUGUAGUACAGUGCCGCGUGCUUCCUGGCAUCUCCAACACUCUGGGGGGAUCGAGGGGAAUAUACGGUGCAGUAAAGUCGGCGUUCUAUACCAUAGUGAUAGCAAUUUAUAAUUCACUUCUUGGUAAUACGAGCUCAUAGAACUCUUGUGCUGCCAGAGCAAUGCAGCAUCCCAUUGCUGUGUCGUGAGUGUUGUCCCCAGUUGUCCUUCCCAUUGCCGUUUGAACGUCACCGCUACCGGCGCACCUCCGACUAGUAGAUGUUGAUAUAGUGCCGAAAGCGCGCGUUCGAGCGUAGCACCCCGGUCGCAGAGAUCCUCAAACCACGUUAGAUCCCUGUGCAAGUGAGUCUUGUGUGGUAACGAAUUAUAGAAAUGUUUCAGUUGGAGAUAUCGAAACUGGAGGAGGGGGGUCCGAGGUCUGUCAUCCAACAUCGAGGAAAGGUCCCGCAGAUUCCCGCCUGCUAGGGCCAUAUGUAUGGGUAUGUAUGAACCAUUACCUUGGAUGGGUAACGCUUCGGGAGGGAGACCUCCCCCUACGUCCGCGUUAUGAGUAAUCGGCAGCAUCGGGCUGGGUACAGGGGAUAUGUGGUCCUGCGUCCUCAGCUUCCUCCAAUCUUGUAAGGUCUGUAGGAUCAGUCCUUCUUCGGCGAGGGGAGCCGACGAUCCCCCGGGGCCUCCCCAGAUCCUCACCUCCAGCGUCGGGCCGACCAGGCCCCUGUCAAGUUCAACCCAUUGUUUAGGUGUCUGCAUGGAGUGCCAGUCCAAGAUACGUUGCAUGAUCGCUGCCUGAUGAUAUUUCUUAAAAUCUGGUAGCGCUAGCCCUCCGUAGAUUCUAGGUCGGCAAAUGAUGUCAUGUCGGAUCCUAGAUCGUCCUCCCCGCCAGAUAAAUUUGAUCACCGCUGUUUUCAGGGUAGAGAAGAAGGUCGACGGGAGUGCGAGAGUUAUAGUCUGCAUGAGAUACAGGAUCCUCGGGAGAAUAUUAAUUUUUAUCACCGCAACUCGC